AUGAAUACGAAUAUGGAACAUACAAAUGUUCAAUUGAUCGAUUUACCUAAUGAAGUACUUCUGAUGAUUUUUAAGAAACUGAACAAUGUUGAAUUACUCUAUUCUCUUAUGGGUAUCAACACACAAUUAGAUAGAAUUAUAUCCGAUUCAGUCUUUACUAAAAACUUAACAUUGGUAAGAUAUUUUUCAAGUGAUCUUAUCUAUCCAUUGAUUGAUAAAAUACUCGAUCGAUUUUGCUCACAAAUAUUACCUCACAUACAUUCUAAAAUUAAUACACUUUAUCUUGAAUCAUUAUCUAUGGAACGUAUUCUUCGUGUUGCUGAUUAUCCUAAUUUACAUAGUCUCGGACUUUACAAUAUUGAUGACAAGACUGCUGAACGUGUUUUUUCAGUUCUUCAACGAAUGCCAACUUUGGAAAAACUUGCUUUGUAUAUUUGUGUUCAUCAAGAAACAUUUCUCGAUGGAAAUUGUUUGAAAAAGGAUAUUGUUAGUCAUUUACCACAACUUCACAAUUUCAUCUUCAAUAUACGAUCACUGAUUUAUACUCAUCACCAAACUCGUUUACUAUUGAAUAAAGACAUUGAACAUACAUUGGUAGAUCUUGGAAACAAUCAAGUUAUUUGUUAUGUUGAUUAUUUUUCAAAAGAUGAAAGUGCUCAGUGUCAUUUCUAUUCAUGUCCAUAUACGUUGAGAUAUUAUCAUAAUAUAACGAAUAGCUUUCAAGGUGGAUUAUUCAAAUGUGUUCGUGAAGUUUCAUUAUUUGAUGAACAUCCAUUUGAACAUGAAUUCUUUAUUCGAAUUGCUCAAUCAUUUCCACUCAUGGAAAAAUUAUGUGUGAUUAAUCGAAUAGCACAAAAACAAAAAUUAAAUAAGAAUUAUGAAUGCUUAUCGAUCAUUGAAUAUCGUUAUUUAACUGAAUUAGAUUUAACUGAUGUUAAUGAUGAUUACGUCGAACAAUUCCUUGUUGAUACCAAUAUAUGUUUGCCGAGCAAUAUUCAUCUUUGGACUCGUUAUGACUCUUUGAAAAGAGUGACACAAAAUUUCACAAGAGACGCAAUCCGAGUCAAUUGUGGUAAAAUCAAUUAUCUGCAGAUUUAUGAUGAGUUUCAAGUUUCGGAACGUUUUACAACAUAUUUUCCUCAUGCAAACAUAUCAAGAUGGUGA